CGAUUCACUUCCCAUUGCACUUCUAUACCCGCUACUGUCCAAAAGGGCAACCCUGCAAUAAAGAUGGAACCCAGUCCAAGUCUCACCAUCCAUCACCUCGAUGCGUAUUUCGAGCGCAUCCAAUUACCAUCCCGAUUCCGACGCAACCAGAACCCCCCGCUCAACCGGGAAUUUCUAGCAGCCAUCCAAGCCCAUCACAUCUCCCACAUCCAAUAUGACAACAUCGCACUGCACUAUAGCCCAACGGCCGAGAUAUCCCUCCAUAUUCACGACAUAUUCCACAAACUCGUGGAAAGAAAACGGGGGGGAUACUGCAUGGAGAACAAUCUUCUCUUGUACUAUGUAUUGAGCUUACUCGGAUUCAACGUAUAUUUGACCGGCGCUCGUCUCCAUCGGGACGCCAACAAUCCCACCCCGGGUUGGUCGGGCUGGGAGCACGCCGUAAACAUCAUCACACUGACAGACCAAACACAACCCCCUUACAUGAUGGAUGUCGGCUAUGGCGGGGACGGACCAACCAUCCCGUUGCCCCUAAUUCACGAGGGACCGGCCAUGGCCACCCCGAAUAUCGGCACGCAGGAAAUCCGGCUCCAGAAGGGCGGACAGCAACCACGGAGCCCUGCCAACGAUGCCUGGAUCUACCAGUUCCGCAACGGGAGCGAACAACCCUGGCGGGUGGGCUAUGCUUUCUUCGAACUUGAAUUCUUCCCUCGGGAUUUCGAGGUGAUGAAUUUCUAUACGAGUCAGAAUCCGACCUCGUUUCUUACGCAGCGGUUGCUGGUGAUUCAAUUUUUGCAGAAUACUGAUGGGAAGGUCUAUGGGAAGAUGAUACUUGAUCAGGACAAGUUGAAGGUGAAUCGGAAAGGGAGGAAUGAGUUGGUAACUGUCUGUGCUACCGAGAUUGAACGGGUGGAGAUCCUGCGGAAUACGUUUGGGGUGGAUCUUACUGAUGAGGAGCAGGGGGCUAUUUGGGGGAAGGCGUCGGCUCUAUCUGCCUAAGGAGUAGUUGUAGAGGGGAUGGUGCAGUUGGUUGGUUAUAGGUUCCUCAAUGUUGUUUGUGUUCUCCUGAGGUCUGAGAGUAGGGAGAUUAUAGAAUGCGAGAUUUGGAAUUUUGGGUAGUUGAACAGAGACGGUUCAGCAACGUUGGAACAUUAUUUCUCUCCGCCUCUUCUCCAGAGAGUAACGC